AUGUUUGACAAAGUAAAAGACUUCUUCCAGAGCCACUUCUUCGAUGCUCAAUGGAAGGGCAAAGUCUUUGCAGCUCAGGUUGGCGUCACAACCCUUGCCUUCAUCUUGGGUAUUGCGAAACUUGCGACACGGCCGAGUAACAUACCGAUGAAUAGAAUGGACAUCAUGGCAAUUACGAUGAGCAUCAAGUCGUUUUUCUUCCUAGCCUAUGAAUUUUCAACGGAGAAAGUGGAUCGUUUCAAACGGUUCGGGAGUCUGAAAGCUUAUGCUAUUCUCAACACCCUCGACAUCUUGUUCUGGAUGGUUGUUAUGGGCUUGACAUUUUCUGGGGUCAGCAGAAUAUGCGUCGGCGCAAACUGCGGAAUCGGAGUUUGUGUCGCACUUGUUGCCUUAUUGAACGCGUUCGUUCAUUUCUGGGCCGCCGUCAUAAGUUGGAAGAACCACAGACAUUUCAAGAGUUACGGAGUGAAGCGUGGUCAGGGUGCCCCACAGACAAAGAGCACAUACAACAUGGGUGGUGGGGUUCAGGGAGUUUGA